GUUAAUAUGUGUGUCUGGACACAUCUAACCCCUCACUAAAUGUUUUGUAAUAACCAUUUUAUUUGUCAUUGCAAGUUUUAUCCGGGAAAAAAAACUGUAAAUUGCACCUAAUGUCAUUGGAAAAACCUUCCCAAGUAUAAUUCUGAUACUUUCUCCCAGUGCAAUGGAAGAUGCCAUCGGCAGACCUCGUGACGUGACUUGCUCAAGGUGCGGCGUAAUGAUUACCUCACACAAGCCUCUGCGGCUGCAGGAGUUUGUAGACAGCCUGAGGACGUCCGGAGACGCGCCGUCUUCCUUGGUCGUCCCUCGCCUCACAGUCGUCAUGUUCCGUAGCAGCAGUAGUACCUGCAGAAUCCUGCUCCUGGUCCUCCUUGGCCUCUUGUUGGUCUGUGUGCACUCAGGCCUGGCAGAGACUCUUGCAGACCCAUCCAGGGACAACCUGGACAUCAUGUCUGGAGAGACCCCCGCUGAUGUCGCCACCACCACCGCCAGGGAGAACCUUCAUCACAUGACUGAGCAGCCUUUCACUUUUGACUACGAGGACUCCACGCAGACCCUGGCUGUGGACGAGGAGGGGGUCCUGGGGCCGGGCGCCAUCACAGCCAUCGUCAUAGCCGUCUUCUUGGGAGCUUCCGUCCUAUUGGCGCUCAUCGUCAUCACACUCAGGAAGUUCACAGCAUCAUAGAGUGCUUAUUUAAUUUUUUUUACUGUAGUGUUUUGCUUUUUCAGGACAAAAUGUUGUUGUGGCAGGUCCCCCUGACUGAGAAAUGUUCAACAAAAUGUCCACGUUGCAUGUUUAAACACUUAAUUGGCCGAGCGUCUAAUAUCUUGAAACUGGCUGCUUCCCCCAGUGCCUAUGUCUUUAAAUAUUGUACAUUAGUACGUUGUACAUAAGGGGUGACAUUACAUUAAGCUUUAUUGCAGACUCCAACAUCCAAGUAGACAUACAAUUACAUACAGUACAUAAAACAUACAAAAAAUACAUUAUAUAAGGCAUAAUCACAUAACAAAACAGUGCUUGUUCAUAUUACCUAAAAUGUAAUCUAAAAUGUAUGUGUGUAUAUAUAUAUAUAUAUAUAUAUAUAUAUAUAUAUAUAUAUAUAUAUAUAUAUAUAUAUAUAUAUACUUAAAAAAUGUGUCCACACAUUCUAUAAAAGGCACAGAUACCAGUGUUUGCAUAUAAACGAUUGGUACCUAACAUAACUACACCUAGGAUUGGUUACCUGUAUAAUAUAAUCCUCGGAACCCAGCAGUCUAUAUCUAAAUGUAAACAUCAGUAUUCUCAGGGUGGAGAGGCAGGCUUCUGCCAACUACUUGUGAAGGAAAAAAAAGACCGUCAGGAUGCAGUGUUGGGAAUAAGUCUCAAGUCUUGCCCUCAAGUAUCAAGUCAAGUCCCGAGUCAAGACUGUAAAGUCUCAAGUCAAGUCCCAAGUCCUACAUUUUGAGUUUAGUCCUUCCAAGUCCUUUUAACCAGAGACUAAUAUAUUUACACGGAUUGUGUAUGCUUUUAAAACGCUGUAUUUAUUUAUUAAAACAAGCGCAUUUGAAAUUUCAGGAAAAAAAAUUGUGCUGACAUUGCACUUCAUAAUAGCACUGUUAACCAGUCAUUUUAAACAUUUAAAACUCAUUCCUUUACAGAAUAAACACAUUUGAAAAAACAACUGUAACUGUACUUAUUUGUACAAAAGUGUUAACAUUGUAUUUCCAUGGCAUAUUGCAUUUGAACUAGUUCUACAUCAGAUUCUAUCCUGUUCUUACCUUAUCUCAUUGAUCUCAUCUCAUACUGUAUGUGUGUUGAUGUGUGCCUACACAUGAAAAACAUAAAUACAUGAACUUAACAAUGAA